AGCCUAACUAACGAUGGUAAAAGUAGUCGGCGGCUAACGCUGGCUAACGAUGUUUCAUAACAGCCCGAGAAAACGCGACAUAUAGCCGCGUUUGAGUAUUUAGCAGCAAAACUCACAUCCCUAUGCCUCCCUAACACCAACUCUGUCACAAAUACGCGGUUUUUGUUAUUUCUGGCAAGGAAUUGGGUCAAAUUCCGACAAACUGCAGACGACCUUCUGCUGCUAAAUAAAACGCCGGUAAUGAACAAAGUGUUCCUCAGUUUUUUUUCUUCUGUCUCCGAUAUUGACUGUAAAUGGAGAGCGCAACGGCUCUGCAGCGAACCAUCGCCCCCUACUGGUUUGGAGUAAACACCACGAAAUUUUGUAUUUUUUCCACUUUAUUUUACUCGACUUUAUUCUAUUUUAUGCAAUAUUUUAUUCAUAAUUUGUGACAAAAUAUUCAGUAGAAAUAUGGAGAAUUUUCAACGCUGUUAAGGUUCACUUUUUAUGUUCAUUGAAAGAUUAGAAGCAUUACAUAACUAGUCUAAUCAUGGACACGUGGGGCCUAGUGAAAUAUGUUUCCCCUGUCAUUUAUAGUCUCUAGUUGGGGCACAACAUAAAAUGGUUCAAUUGGAACCUUCCAUGAUGGUAAAGAAGGGGUGGGGACCUCCUAAUGUUUCUUGGACAUAUGCAAGGGUAAAUCCAGAACUCUACAGCUAGCCGUCGCACGGUGUCAGCACUCAGCACCAGAGCCGAGCCGGGUGAAAGCAGCCCGCCACGCCUGUAGGCGGACCAGCGCAGUCGUAGCCAGCAUCCUCACACCAGACCCGGGACACAGACAACAACAGUGACAGAUCGGAACCGCAUAUCUGUUUGCAUCCAGCUAUGGGUGUAGUCUGAGAGGUGGAUUCAGUAGCGCACCACCAUUUACCUCGAAGUUCAAUCCUCAUGAAGGAGCUCCGUCCUGGCUGAGUUUGGGAGAUGGGAGUACUCAACAUCGCAGACCAGCCUCCUCUGGUCCAGGCUAUCUUCAGUCGUAAUGCUGAAGAAGUUCAACUGUUAUUGCACAAAACGGAGGAUGUCAAUGCACUGGACCAAGAGCGACGCACACCACUUCAUGCUGCAGCCUGUGUGGGUGAUGUCCAUAUAAUAGACCUCCUCAUUGAUUCGGGUGCCAGUGUAAAUGUUAAAGACCAAGUAUGGUUGACCCCUUUGCACAGGGCAGCUGCUUCCAGGAAUGAAAGGGCAGUGAGCCUGCUGCUGAGGCGAGGAGCUGAGGCAAAUGCACGAGACAAGUUCUGGCAGACGCCGCUGCACGUGGCGUCUGCCAACCGUGCCACCCGCUGUGCAGAGGCCCUCCUCUCCCAUCUGAGCAACUUGAACAUAGCAGACCGCACCGGCCGAACUGCCUUGCACCAUGCAGCUCAGAGUGGGUUCCAGGAGAUGGUGAAGCUGCUGCUGAACAAAGGGGCGAAUUUGAGUGCAAUUGAUAAGAAAGAAAGACAGCCUAUUCAUUGUGCUGCUUAUUUGGGGCAUUUGGAGGUGGUGAAGCUGCUGUUAUCUCGCAGCAAUGACAAAAGCUGCAAGGAUAAGCUGGGCUACACGCCUCUCCAUGCUGCUGCUGCCAGUGGUCACAUCGAAAUUGUAAAAUACCUGCUGAGGAUGGGGGCAGAGAUUGACGAGCCGAACACCUUUGGCAACACUGCGCUCCAUGUGGCCUGCUACAUGGGGCAGGAAGCUGUUGCUACAGAGCUGGUGAACCAUGGAGCCAACGUCAACCAGCCCAACAAGUGUGGGUACACCCCUUUGCAUCUGGCUGCUGUCUCCACCAAUGGAGCCCUUUGUCUAGAGUUGCUGGUCAACAAUGGGGCCGAUGUCAACCAGCAGAGCAAAGAAGGGAAGAGCCCCCUGCACAUGGCAGCCAUUCAUGGACGCUUCACACGCUCUCAAAUUCUCAUCCAAAAUGGUGGGGAUAUUGAUUGUGUGGAUAAGUAUGGCAAUACUCCUCUCCACGUUGCUGCUAAGUAUGGCCAUGAACUGCUGAUCAGCACUCUGAUGACCAACGGAGCAGACACAGCCAGACGUGGGAUCCAUGGAAUGUUCCCUUUGCACUUAGCUGUGCUGUACGGGUUUUCAGACUGUUGUCGCAAGCUACUCUCCUCAGGUCAGCUGUAUAGUAUUGUUUCAUCUAUGAGUAAAGAGCACGUACUAUCAGCUGGGUUUGACAUAAACACCCCUGACAACUUUGGGAGGACCUGUCUACACGCUGCUGCCUCUGGAGGAAAUGUUGAAUGUCUGAACUUGCUCUUAAGUAGCGGUGCCGACUUGAAUAAGCGGGACAUAAUGGGAAGGACACCGUUGCACUAUGCAGCUGCUAAUGGGAGGUACCAGUGCACUGUGACCCUGGUUAGCGCUGGCGCUGAGGUCAAUGAGCCUGACCAGACAGGCUGUACUCCCCUGCACUACUCUGCUGCCUCCCAAGCCUUCAGCAGAGUUGAUCGUCAUUUUUCUGGAAACCAUCAAAAAGAAGAGGAUGAGGAAAAAGAAUCAUACUUCUGCUUGGAGCAUCUCUUGGACAAUGGUGCUGAUCCAUCAAUGGUCAACUCAAAAGGUUAUAGUGCUGUUCACUAUGCAGCUUACCAUGGCAACAAACAGAACUUGGAGCUGCUUUUGGAAAUGUCCUUCAAUGCACUCGGAGACAUAGAGAGCAGCAUUCCUGUCAGCCCCCUGCAUCUUGCUGCUGAUAACGGCCACUGGCAGGCUCUGCGUCUGCUCACGGAGACCGCAGCCUACGUUGACAUGCAGGACGCCGCUGGCCGCUCCGUUCUCUACCUAGCUGCCCAGAAAGGCCACGCACGUUGUGUGGAGGUGCUCCUGGCUCAGGGGGCCUCCUGUUUCCUCAACGACAACCGCCUCAUGUGGACUCCCAUUCAUGUUGCAGCUGCUAACGGUCACUCAGACUGCCUACGCAUGAUGAUUGAUUAUGGAGAGGAGGGGGAUCUCACCAAUGUGGCAGAUAAAUUUGGCCAGACCCCUUUAAUGCUGGCUGUUCUUGGAGGUCACACUGACUGCGUUCACUUCCUGCUGGAGAGGGCAUCUUCACCAGAUGCUCAGGACAAGAGGGGCAGCACAGCUUUGCACAGAGCGGCCGUGUUGGGUCACGAUGAUUGUGUGACGGCCCUGCUGAAGCACAAGGCUUCUCCGUUAUGUCGGGACAUCCAGGGUAGGACACCGCUGCACUAUGCUGCCUCCAGAGGCCAAACGGAGAUGUUGUCGAGUCUGAUGCAGGCUGCCGUGGCAGCAGAUCCACAGGAUCAAUUGCUGGACAGCAAACAAUACACCCCCCUGCACUGGGCUGCUUAUAAAGGGCAUGAAGACUGUUUGGAGGUUUUACUUGAACUUAAAACAUUUAUCCAUGAAGAGGGAAACCCAUUCACUCCCCUGCACUGUGCUCUGAUGAGCGGCCACUGCAGUGCUGCAGAGAGGUUGCUGGAAUCUGCCAGAGUCCACGUGAUCAACUGUAGAGACGCCAAAGGAAGGACCCCACUCCAUGCUGCUGCCUUUGCUGAAGAUGUGGCAGGACUUCAGCUGGUGCUUCGUCAUGGAGCAGAGAUCAAUGCAGUGGACAACAGCGGGCGCUCUGCUCUGAUGGUAGCUGCUGACAAAGGACACAGCGGCACUGUGGCCAUCCUUCUUCAUCGCGCCAAGGCUGACCUGACACUACUGGAUGAGAACAAAAACACUGCCCUGCACUUGGCUUGCAGCAAGGCCCAUGAGAUGUGUGCGUUGCUGAUUCUGGGAGAGAUUCACAGUCCCACCCUUAUAAAUGCCACCAACAGUGCUCUGCAAAUGCCCCUCCAUCUUGCAGCGCGUAACGGCCUGUCUACAGUUGUGCAGGCGUUGCUCAGUAGAGGAGCCACAGUUCUGGCUGUGGAUGAGGAAGGCCACACGCCGGCCCUGGCCUGUGCGCCCAACAAGGACGUGGCUGACUGCCUGGCCCUGAUCCUUUCUACCAUGAAGCCUUUCUCUCAGCGGGACCCCUCCUCCUGCUCCUGCUCCUCCCCCACGGUCUCUUCCUCCCCGGGUCUCAACUUGCUGAAGCACUGCGGCAUCACCGCCGCCUGCUCCCCCCUGCCCAGCAACGGCCUCCACAACGGUUACGUCAAAGACCACCACGGGACCCCGGUCGGCCUGGACGGGUGUCUGUCUGAGUGAGGUUCCCCCGAAUGCCGCCAGCUAGCUUUUAUCAUCGCCAACAGGGGGCGACAACUUUCAACAUGUUCGAGAGGACCAGGGCAGCACCCAGCCACACAUCUGUUUCCUCUGUAUGUACGUGUUUGUGCAUCCGUGUGUGCGUGAGCGUUCGGUCUUCUCUUGAGGUGCAGUCAAACCUAAUAUGCAAUUAGAUCCCAUUCCUCCAUCUCCUAGUAGUGCUUAAUAUAUCCAGGCAAAUUGCUCUACAAGGUCACUCAGAUUAGACGAGGCAUUUGAAGUAAAUACUUAGCAAUCCGGCCACCUCUAAACCAUGUAACCCUUUAAAAACCAUGCCGACACACUUUAUAUAACCAAAAUCAAAUAGCAUGAAGGUGUCUGUUUCAACUGUCGUCAUAUCAUUCAGCAGAAGAGUCAUAUCAUGUUUAUAGCCAGUUGUGGUGACCUUGUAGAGGAACAUGCUGCCUUCCCAAAAAGAAUGAUCAAAGAUGUUUGUGUUUUUGUUUUUUUUAAUUUACAUGUGUGUAUGAAGGAACCACACAAGGGAAAAAUCUAAACUUUUGCGGAAGAGUGCAAUGCUUGUUGUGGUACAGUACAAGCAGUCUGAAAUUUGGUAAAAAGCGUCACAAAGUUGUUGAUUUAAUAAUGUUCUUUAAAAAGAUGCAGCUUAGAAUUGUUCGGCAUUUGGAAACGCUGCUCAUUUUAAAUUUUGUUUUCACAUUUCUUCUCUAGAAAAGAGAACCACAUUAGCGUCAGCACUGUAACAUCUUUUAAAGCUGACUUAAAUUGUUUUUUUUUUUUUACUUUUAAAGAUGCUUAAUAAGUGUUUAGAAUGUUUCUAAACAUAUAAGUUAUGACCAAAGUUGAUCAACACUACUAUGGCUAUAAAUUAUUUAUUUGAGAAGAACUGUACUGUGUAAAGAGAGACAAUAGAUCUUGAAAUACCUCGUCAACAUGUUUAGCAGCUGCUUCAUCUUCACCCAGGGUCCGUAGGCCUAAUGUUCUCUUUUUGUAGAGGAGAACACCUGUAGGAUAGCGACUGACUGAGGCCUUGUUUUAUUUCUAGAUGAAGGCUUUACUAGUAAUAUCUGCCAACAACACCUCAUCCAAGCGUCGUAUAUCUGAGCACAUAAAAGAACAAGCCAUUUCAAUUUAUUUCCCAUGUUUUUAACAGUGUUUGUUUUUUUCUUUUGGGGGGAAAAAAAGAUUUCAGAUCUUGAAUGGCCUGAUUAUUUAAAGAUUGAUCCGUUUUUUUUUUUAAUAUUAGGCACUAAUGACAUGUUUGUAUUUUUGAAGUUUAUCGACUAUUCUGAUUUUAGGCUCGCACUAACGGAGUAUUUUUGGGAGCUGGCGAACUUGUCUUAACUGAAUUGUUUGUAUUGCAGCUACUCAGUGGUGAGCUUUGGGUCAGUUUGAACAUUUAUCGUUGUCUGCUAUUUUCAUCGGACAGUUUUCAAGCAAUACUUUCAGUUGGCCUUUUGGGUUUUUUUUUUUCCAAGUGUUAUUGAAUAGACAAUCACUGUCACAAGGGCUUUUGUUUCCCUGGAAUGUGUUUGGUCCCCUCCUUCUCUUAUUGUUUCAUAACUAAUUAACCUGAAGUCUAAUCUAACGGCUCUCUGCGUGCCAGGCAUUUUACUGUCAGCGUCGACACAAACGCGCUGAACCGCCUUUAUGGCAUCUAAUGAAAUGCCUUUUGACCCAUGCCUUCUUUUAAAGCAUCGUUUCUGUUAAUGUUUGAUGGCAAAAGAUGACAACAAGCCCUGGCACUGAUUUAUUUUGUUGCCACCUAUUUAAAUAGCAAGCAAAGUUGCACCACCGUAUGGAGUUAGGAGAAUAAUUUUCGCCUAUUUUGGUUUGUGUUUUUAUUCGGGAAUUGAUAUUCCUAAAACGAUUAAAUAGGGCUAAGAGGACAAGGAGAGGGAUCAUCGUUUAGGCUCAUUUUUCCCCCCUCUUUUUAAUUUCAGGAAUAGCAGAAAUCCAAAUAUUAAUUUUUCUUACCAUUUAAUUUAGUCGUCGUCUUGACUCAUUUCUAAGCAUACUGAAGAUGAUUGUAUCGGACCACUAGAGCUGUUUGUGACUUUUACAUGUUAUAUCUAAGCUGUUUAAUGGAGUCUUUUUUUUUUUUUUUAACUUGAUGGUUGCAUCACACUGAGUCAGAUUGUUUGCAGUUGUGUUAUAUCUUCAUACCCAGCGGGUAAUGAAGCGGCACAAUUGUACACAACUUGAUGGCAGUUGAGGACCUAGGCGAGGCUGAUUUGCUUAAUACUCCUAAAAAGAAAAAUAAGGCUUUCACUUGAUUAUGUUUGCUUGUUAUUUUCAAACAGAUUAUCAUCUCCUUGAGUUCGUGAUGUAAAUUUCCACUGGGCGUUUAAUUUGAACUUGGCGAUUAUAUGAAAUGAAAUGGAACUAAUUGGUGAGCUUGGUUAACCUAAUUAACUUUCACUAGAAGAGUAGUUGUAUUAAUAGCGGGGAUCGGUACAUACUUAUUUUGUAAUCUCAGGAUCUGCACAAAAGCGGCAGGUAGAAUUUAUUAAUCCAAUCAGAUCCCCUCAUCAUGAAUUACAUUGACGGUUUGAUAUAUAUAUAUACUUUUUUUUUUUUUUUUUGCUUUUUAAGGGAUUUUCUAUUGUUUCGAUCUUUUUGAACUCCGAUUCCACAGCACUUAAUUAGAUAGUCAAGCCGGCACUUUAGUACAUUCAGGUUCUAAGUGUGCAAAAUAGAGCAUAUUUAAUGUAUGUGCUUGUGUUUACAUGCAUGUGUGUUGCUGUGGCAGUUGCAAAAGACGAGGAAAAGCUGCAACAGAGUUGUACUCCAAUAGUACAUUUUUUUUUUUUUUUUUUUAAUACAAACAGAAUUUGUUUGUGUUGUUUCUUUUCUGGGCGAGCAGCCCAACAAAUGAUUAUUAAGCCACCUGCUCAUUUAGAUUUGGCCUAAUUUUUAUCGUUGAUUUAGAAAUAAAUCAAAGACACACGAAAGGCUUUAAAAAUAAAUGUUUGAUACUUAAUUCUGCCAUCUGUAGGUGCUGUCCAACAAACCUGUUUAGACAGAUUUUUCCUAUGAUGUCCUGGAGCCGUUUGCCCACUCAAUGUUACUGAAUCCUAUUAGUAUUCCUUUAAAUUUCAUUUUUUUCUUUGAAUGCACCACUGCUUGUGCAUUUAGCGAUACAACUACUGUUAAAACAAAUGGAGUAUAUAUACAGUGCGUCUGGAGUCGAGCAAUGGAAAGGUCCAAUUGUAGCAAUAUCGUGUGUGUGUAUAAAAGUGUGCAGCACAAAAAUUGCACUGCCAUUCAGUUAGGCCAAUUCAGUAAAUCAUAGCAUAAAUGCCAAUGGAAGAUUCAAAGUGCGGGUUUAAAUGUCAUAAACUUCGGUCACAAUUGAGGCCUGUUUGCCAAAACGUCUUGAGGGAGGACACUCUCUCGUUUAAGGAAAGCAGCAAUGGAUUUAUGCAUAUGUUCAAGCAGUUUACAGUCUGACCAUCAAAUCUGAGCCAUGAAUUUCUGACUGAAAUGAAUGUAAGGUCAGUUUGGAGCAGGACAGUUGGCUUUCUCCCGAUUUGAAACUGUUGCUCUUCAUUUGUCUUGAAAAAGAUAGGAUUAUUAAGGUAGCAUGUAGUACUUAUUAUAAAGUAUGUGUAGUAGUCUUCCUGCAUUGAAGGUCUAAAUGUGUUUUUUUUUUUUAUUCCCCCUCUUUUUCUGGCAUUAUAUAGACCUGCUGUCAAGAAGGAUCACUACUUUCUUUUUUCUUUCUUUAUACAUGCAUCGAGUUUUGUAAAAGGUAGAGGAGAAAAACAAUUUCAUCCAUUCCAUCGUGAUUGCCUUACAGUACGGAAACACUAGAGGGACAGAAAGGUCUACAAUAGAUACGAUCACACAUACAAGCAAACAGCCUAUAUUUGACGAGAUGCACCUAAGCUACACCCAUUUAGUGCCAUAGAAACCUUGAUUUGCCUUUAGACGUGAAUCAUACUUAUUAGGUCAUCCACACAUUUAGAUGUAGGCAGGUUUAUUACAGGUUUGGAGCUGCAUGUCUUCACCAAUUUAUGUGUAACCUUAUAUGGACGACUGCAUGGGAAUAUAUUAGUACUCAAAUCGAAGUGUUCUGUUCAAUUGUACUGUAGACGUUUCUUUCCAACAAUUGGGCAUUUUUGAAGAACAUACUGUUGGUAGUCCCUUUUUGUAUUGGCAAAGCAAUCUGUUGGUUGGUUUAUAGUGUAUGCAUUACAAAGGAGAAAAAAACUGUCCUAUAAAAGCAUGAUAUAUAUACACAUACAUACACAAUAGGAUUGAUUUGCCUCAAUAGAUGUCUUGAUUCUUACUUGACGUAAAUGGCGAAUUUCAAUUUCAACUCUGAUCUACUGUUGAGCCUUUUGCCUUAAACGCCGAAAUAAAAAAUGACACCCUGAGAGCACCUGAUAGGUAACAUCACCUGUAGUUAUGCUACUUGCUUUGAUUGCUUAAAAAAGAAAUUGGCUUUGUUAGAUCUUUCAGACUUUUUUUUUUUUAGGUGUCGAGAAGCACACAAAUCCAGUGAGGUAGCACAUAACUCCUAAGAUUGCCACGGUGCAGAGAUUGCUCUGAAAAGUUGGGAUAUUGCCAUAUUUUUUCCACUGUGAAUGAAUGAAUUGAGAAUUCACUCUUAAACAAUCAACUAUGGCUUCUCCGUGAUCCAGAGCCAAACGAUACUGGGAAUUUAAAGCGGUGUACCUCAAGGAGAUCUUCGGACAGGAAGGACGCUUGUACAGCUAUGCCAACAAAGACUUUAAAAAGAAAAAAAAAAUCUUGUGAUCCAUCUUGUGGAUAGUGUAAUACUGCUUAAACCAGCCUAAAUCAGAUGUUUUAUUAGUGUUGAAGAUGUCUCACAUUUCCUACCUUAAAUGGGGGCAGUCGGCUGCACCUUGUACUUUUUCUUGGACCUGCGGUUAUACCUCAUCGGUGAUGUUUUGUGCAACGAUGCUGACCUUGAUCCUGAGUGAUUAGUUCUUGUGUUUCCCAAUGCCAGUCAUGUAUGUUGCUCCCCCCCUUUAGCGUUUGUGUGUCUGAGUGGGACUUUUCAACAUAUGCAUGUCAUUCCAUAACAUUCAACACCCCUACAGUCAGCCGAUUUAGUCUGUGAUGAACGGCAGACGCAGCAGAGGGAAACUCAUUGGCAAUCGAAGGUAGCUAAUAGAGAAAAAUUACCUCUGUAAGUACAAAAAAAACUAUUUUACUAUACCUGAACACUUGGUUAUCAACCCCCCCCCCUCCUCGUACCAACAUGACCUGUGUAAUAUCAAGCACAGUGGUGGCUUGGUGCCUUUGAUUUAUUAUUACCGAAAGGUACGGUCUUCCAUUUGUAUGUCCCAAAAAGCCUUAUAUUGAUAGAAAAAACAUACAUGACUGCAGUCGAUGGUUCAAACUCCCUCUGAGCAUUAUUUCAAAUUCCGUGUGAGCCAAGCUUAAUAAAAGAACGUCUGCAUCCGCCUUUGCUUUUAGCGUGUAUUUCCGGUGUCUCGGCACCCCCCCUAGGGCGCCACAAGUGACUACACCUCACUGACGGGAGGAAUGGGGAAUCUUGAAAGCACAAAUCUAAAGCUGGCACCUUGGGACUCUCUCCUAACAUUUAGAAGCAAAAAUGAGACCAAAUUGGAGCAAAGGCGGGAGGAAAACAUGUCACUUCUUAGUGCAAACGCUGAGGCUUGAAUCGUAGUAAUCGCAGAGAGACCAUCGUCUGGAAUUUCUCGCGCCGCUUCUGAUUGUUCCUAACUCUCGGGUGGCGACGCACUGCGUACCAAGUUGCGAAAUGAUGCGGUACUUGCGUUCAUUAUCAAAUUUCGGUGAACUGUUUGUUGUGGCUGUGUUGAAAAAAAAAUUGAUUGUGGAGAUUGUUUGUAUUAUUUAGAGUAGACUGACUACAAGUAGGAUUGCAGUAGUAGCUGUGUGCAGUGUUAACAGUGUGACCAUUAUAUAGAAUAAAGUAAUAUUUGUUGUCUUACCACAUUAAGGCAUGAAACAUCCUCUUUGUCAGGUUGACGUCGUUUGAACUAGAUUACAAGUGCAAUAACUUCUUUUUUUUUUGUUUCUCAUCGCUUCCUCAGUGGAAUACCUAUUAUUAUUAUUAUUAUUAUUAUUAUUAUUUAAAAUGACCUUUUUCAACACCAAAAGUCACUCAUCUGUAGCAAAUGCAGAACCGUAAGGCGGUCCUCAUGUUUGUAUUCAGACAGGUGGCGCUUUUUUUUUUUUUUUUUUAAGUGUGAUAUUCUGUUUAGAAAACUGUGAUCCAACUUUAAAAGCUGCCUGCUCAGACACAAGACCGUGCACAAGCUGACAGAUUGGAGUAGGUGCUUUAUUUUUUCAUUUUUGAGGGUGGACUUUAACAAUAUUGUAGUCUGGAUUUUGGUUUUCUAGCUGGUUCUUUUGCAUGUGUAGUCGUGUAUAUGCAUCCUCUCUUGAAAUGAAAUGUUUUCUGAAGAAUAUUUAGACCUGCUGUCAGUAAUAUGAGGAAUACAGGAAAAAGAAAAUGCCUUAUAUUGUUUUCAAUGUUGAGCAUUAAGGGUUUUUUUUUUCUUUCGUGUCUCUCCCUUUUCAGUGUGUAGCCUAAAGCUUGUACAGUUAAGAGACUCAUGAGAUUUAUAACUGCUGUAUAGCCUGUGUGUUUUCAGAAUUUGUAACUUGGAGGCCCUGUGAUUGUGAUUUUAGAAAAAAAAAACAAAAAAAAUGAGAAAAACCACCAACAUUCCCCUUGAAAGUGCCGUUUGUUUUCACCAGCAGAAGAUGUUUUAUCGGGGAGCGUGCGCUUGUGGGGGGGGUGGGAAUGCAUUCACGUUAAGGAAAUCAAAUGUGCGAGACACUUGGCAGUGUUUACCGUUGACCUGAAUCAUUUUUGAAGUAUUAGUGCAGCUGAAAUGAGGCAGCAGAUCGUGACGGUGCACCUUACUGAUUUGCUCCUCCUUUGAGUCCAUCGCGGGCGUAGUCUCUCACUGAGAAUCCAUGACUUUAAAGCAGAGCCAUAUCAGAGAGCUUGAAAAUUGAAGCCCCCAUGAAUGUGCUAUUAGUAAUAGCCUCCUAUAGAAACGGAUGUAAAGUUCAUGUUGUGACAUUUUCUGGAAGUUGAACCCUUUCAUGUCUUUAUUUUAUUUUUUAUUUUUGGCCUGCUUCAUUGAUGUUGUUUUUCUUGCAUCUGGGCUUAAAGCAGAUCUGGUGCUGAGGCACCCUUAAUUCAUUGAUACAGAAAAAAAGGGAUAAUAAUGAGUCUUCUGUUUUAGUUUAACGAUAAGAGCCCUUAUCAUGAGUAGGGGGGGGCUUCGAAUCAGGGCAUGUGAUGAGAAACAAUCAAAAAACAAACGACAACAAAAAAAAGUCACACUGCACCUUUUCUAAAAUAAGGGGGAAGUUUAAAAAAAAAAAAAUGUUGGCUCGUCCACACAACAUUCCAAAGUCGAUUUCAUUUUCCACAGUCCUGUCCCUCCGCUUGAGGAGAAUGUUGCUUUGCUGGUGAAUGAAGUGUGUCAAUGACAGGGUUCCCUAUUUAACCUAACGCUGAUUACCUCAUUUACAAGUCUGCAAAUGUACUAUUCUACUGUGUUUGUAAAGGAGUCAAUGCCAUCACCAGCAGCGCGGUUUAAAACACCUGUGAUCACGACAGGACCAAUGAUGUUAGAACUUUACAAAAACAUGACCAUUCGAGGAAUACAUGGUUUAAGGCCUUCACGGGCCGUCUUCAGUUCAGAAACCACCACAGCUUGCUGUUCCGGUCGGCAGCGAUAGCCAUCCAGGUUUGGAGAUCACAACUUCUUAGCAGAUCGUGGCAAAACCACGACUGGAAUAGCAACUGUUUGCACUAGCAUGGUUCAUAAAAAAGACCUGGUGGAUCACACGGUUAUCUACGUCAUCUUAUCAUAACUUGCUGUUUUUAGUAGCAUUUCUCCUACCUCUUUGUUUUUGCAGCCUUGAGUAUCGUCUCACCACAUGAUCAGAUUUUUUUCUUUCUCCAAAGUCUGUUCACAGUACAGGAAAAACAGAUAUAUCAGUAGGAAUUGUAGUAAUACAAAAAAGUGUACUUGGUUGUGCUAUAUAUGUAUCUGUCCAUGUGGCGCUAAAAAAAAAAAAAAAAAAAAAAUAUUUGAGAAGCAUUUAUAUAACUAAAUACCACUGGAAUGUCAAGCCAGAUAAUGUUUUGAUGCAGGUUAUGAUAGUCUCCCCUUUAACAUUCAGUGGUGGGUGGUCAGAGAAACCAUCACAAAGAACCACACCCUGGCUUUUCUUUGUUUUUGUUUUAAUUUAUGGUUUCGCUUGUGCAUAUACGUUUUUUUUCUGUCCAGCCCUAUAGUAUCAAAUGAUCCCAACGUUUACGGCUACAUGUUGGGCGGCCAGUGAUCGCCCUGCAGUUGUAAUGUCACACGUUUUCACGAGGAAUUAAGGUGGCGUUCGCAUGGAGGGUGAGUUUGAGCCGUUUGCCUUUAAAUCCAUUUUCAUCCACUCAGAACCAAAUUCUAGCUACGCAGGCGUCUGUCUCCACACUGCCUAGGCAUUUCACGUUGCGUUUUUGAAAACAAAGGGGUACAGGGCAAGGGGGCAGGUUGGAGGUUUCCUGAGCAGGGCCGCUCCCGUUCACACCAACUCAAAGGCCGAAUGGAACCCCCCUCCCAGCUCCUCGUCACCCACCCGUCGUCUCACCUAAACCUCAAGCCAUUCAUGUUUCAGUUUUGUUUUUUUCAACAAUGCAAUCCUGAAAGCACUUUGCCUUGUUAUUCCUUUGUGUGAACAUGUGAAUGAUGAUUUGUUACAGAAUUGUUAAAUAUGUAAAAGAUCAUUCACUGUUUUGGAAAAACCUACAUCUGUCUUUCUGACAUUAAAAGAAAAAAAAAACAAUUUAGUGACAUUAAACCUGAAUCUAUUUUAUAAAAUGUUUGCUGCAGCCAAUUGGUGUUGUCAUUCAGUAUUGUGGCUUAGGGUUGUUUGUGUUCAAUAAAGUGCUAUUGCUAAA